AUGGUCUCCAUUGCCGUUCAAGUGGUCUUCAGCCUGCUGGUCUGGCUUUCACUCUACAGUGGCUUUUGGUGUCGGAACAAGCACCGUACAGCUGAAUGGAGCUGCCGGCUGGUCACCCUGAUGCAUGGCCUGAUCGUUACCUUCCUCUCUGGCUACAUUGUUCUGAUCGACGGACCCUGGCCUUUGACUCAUGCAGGCUCCCCGAACACGGCCCUCCAGGUCUGCCUGAUGUGCCUAACCCUGGGAUACUUCAUCUUUGACCUGAGCUGGUGCCUCUAUUUCAACAGCGAGGGAGAGCUGAUGAUCUGCCACCACGCACUGAGCAUCUGUGGCAUGGUUAUUGUGCUGGUGCUGGGUGUGUCUGCGACCGAAAUCAAUGCCGUCAUCUUCGUGAGCGAGAUCACCAACCCGCUGCUGCAGGCGCGCUGGUUCCUGCGGGAGAUGGGCCGCUACCACAACAGCCUGGGGGAUGUGGUGGAUUUCCUCUUUGUUACCCUAUUCUUGGGAAUGCGGAUCGUCGGGGGAGCGUGGAUCGUGCACUCAGUGGUGAUUUCGCCCAAGACAAUCUGGAUACUGAAAGGGGGAGUCUUGGCUAUGUACCUGGUGUCCUUGGGGUUUCUGCUGAAUGUUCUUGGUUUCGCCAGGAGGAAAAUGUGGAAGAAAUACUUUGCUUGGAAGACUGAAGGAACUGGGGGAGAACUGCCCAAAAGCAAUGGACAUCUGCCUGCCUGUUAA